AUGGGCACGACGAGAGAAAAAUCCUCGCAAAAGUGCAAAAUCGAUACACUUGCACUUGCCGCACACAGCGACGCACACACGAAUGGGCUGACUGCUGGUUGGACGGCUGCAUUUGCUGGCUGGCUCGCUGGCUCGCUGGGU